CGCGCCGCCGCGCGCACCCUGCUGCACGUGCCCUACGGCGGCGGCGAGCGCGAGCAGCUCGACCUCUACCUGCCCCGCGAGCCGCGCGCAGCCUUCCCCGUCCUCGUCUACAUCCACGGCGGCUACUGGCAGUGCCUCAGCAAGGACGUGUCGGGCUUCGCGGCCCCCGCGCUGGUGUCACGCGGCAUCGCGCUCGCGGCCGUGGGCUACAGCAUCGCUCCCCAAGGACACAUGGACGAGAUGGUGGCCCAGGUGCGGCGCAGCCUCGUCUUCCUGGUGCGGCGCUUCUCGGGCAUCAGCGGCCUUUACCUGUGCGGACACUCAGCAGGGGCUCACCUGGCAGCCAUGGUGCUGGCCACAGACUGGGCCGAGUACGAAGUGACACCGGACAUCAAAGGAGCCAUGCUGGUGAGUGGCAUCUAUGACCUGGAGCCCCUUCUGAACACCUACGUGAACGAGGAGCUCAAAAUGAGCCAGGAGGUGGCCCGCAGGAACAGCCCCGUGCUGUGCGUGAGCGGCGCGGUGCCCGCGGCAUGCGAGGUGCUGCUGGCCGUGGCGCAGCACGACUCGCCCGAGUUCCGGCGGCAGUCGCGCGAGUACUGCCAGGCCCUGCGCUCGGCGGGCUGCAGCGUCUCGCUGCUGGACCUCGCCGGCCUCGACCACUUCGACAUCAUCGAGAGGCUCUCGCAGGACACCUACAUCCUGACGCAGGUGAUUCUGAACAUGAUCUCACGAGCCUGAUUGCACCUUGGGAGCCAAGAUGGGACGUGCCCUGCUCCUGCUCUGCUCCUGCGCUGUGGACACCUCCCCUCCGGGGAGGGCAGAAAAGCCGCAGUUGGCACCAGCACCCUCGGCUGCUGCUGGUUUUGGGGGGUCUUGCAGCAGGGUGGCAGCUCUGCA